GCAUGUCGGGUCAUUUCGAAGUUUCGCGCCAAACCAGGGAAGCAAAGUGUAAACAGUCCCACACAGCAGAAGUUAGCUACCUCGCUAAUAACUGGGCAGAUAUCUACUUUUGAACUACUGUGAGUUUUUAAUGGAAACACAUUCGUACCUUCCCGUGCCUCCCGGGGUGGGGAUGGAAGAGAAUUUCUUAUCUCUUGAUGACAUUUUGCUUUCUCACGAGAGGCUACCCAGUCGGACAGAAUGCACAUUUCCCCGACUGGGAUUCCUGGAGAAAUCGAGUGACUCGCGAGACAUUCAAGAGGGUACGAAGAUGGAGAUGCCCCUGUUCCUGGCAAAGGGCUUGUAUGAGAGGAAGAGGCGUGUUGUCUCAGUGGAGCUGCCUAAGGUCUACAAAGAGGGCUGGAGGACUGUGUUCAACGCAGACCCCACUGUAGUAGACCUUCACAAGAUGGGACCCUAUUACUAUGGCCUCGGCUCCCAGUUGCUGCACUUUGACAGCCCUGAGAAUCCAGAGAUUGCCCAGGCAGUACUUCAGACAUUCAUUGGUCGUUUCCGCCGGACCAUGGAUUCCUCACAGAAUGCCUACAACGAAGACACGUCAGCCCUGGUGGAGCGCUUGGAUUACCUGGAGAGGGCACUGUUCAGGGCAGGGCAGAGCGGCCUCAACAGCUUCCAGAACUGGGAGAGGGGCCGCGCAUCAACCAUCACUGCCUCUAGCCUGGUGCUCAACUACCGCAAGAGGAAGAUCACUGAUCUGCAGCCCUGAGGGACUGCAAAGAUGCAUCCCAAAUGGCACCAUAUUCCCUAUACAGUGCACUACUUGGGCCCUGGUCAAAAGUAGUGCACUAUAAAGGGAAUAUGGUUCCAUUUGGAACCCAAAGCAACAGGCCAGAAGAGAAAUGACUGAGUUGGAAGGAGAGUAGUGUGGAGGUGUGUGUGUCAUAAAAGAUAGAAAACUGAUUCCCACAUAAAACUUAGCGUUUUGCUUUUAUGUUAUGGUGUUAUCUUGUGUUUUAUUUUGAGAUCUUUAUACACAUUCUGUACACAAAUGUUUUUCAAAGACUUUGUAAAUAAUUCAAAAAAUAUCUGCUUUAUGUAAUGUAAGUUUGAAUUUUAUAAAAUUAAAGCUACCGUAGUCUUUAAAUGGAAUGUCAUCCUUAAAGUAAGAAAUGUUGCCGUUUAACAUGGAUGUUUGUUUGUUUUUUAACUAGAGUUGCCUUAUUUUGCCAAUCAGGGAUGAUAAGGCAAAACAACUUUUAAAUGGUUGUGUAAGGAUUAACAGGAAUGUAUUACCAUAUUAUCUAGCUCUGCAUGCAUAAUGAAUGUAACCUACCCUUUCUUCAUAAAUGUCAUUACUACAACAACUUAAUGAUUAUAUGCCAGAACUGAUUUACCGCACAUCUAUUUAGUCUGUUUGAAAACCAUCUACAGUAAAUCAUCAUAUGCUGUGUUCAUAACCAAGUGGGAAAAAUCCACUGGAACGCCCCACCAACGGGUAAUUAUUUAACUAGGCAAGUCUAUUAAGAACAAAUUCUUAUUUACAAUGACGGCCUACCAAAAGGCCUCCCAUGGGUGUUGGGUUUAAAAAUAUAGGACAAAACACCCAUCACAACAGGAAAAUAAUUACUAGUGGGAAACGAUCAUCCCUGAGCUCAGGCUUCUUCCACACGCUAAGUAAAUGACAUCUAACAGCGUUUUCUUAGUUAAAUGCAAAAACAUUUUUUAAUAAAAAGCAAUCUAUUAA